CCCUCCAAAUUUAACGUGGCCAGAGUUUGAGCCGGACGGCGUGUCACUUGCAUAUUGUGUGUUUCUCUCAUUUUCGAAAGUUUUUGAAAAUUGGUGUUAAAAAGUGUGGAAACUAUCAUCAUGGCGCAGUACGACCUCACGAGUAAAAUAUCCCAGAAUCUGGAUCGUCACUUGGUUGCUCCUCUGUUGGAAUUUAUUGCAGGACAAAAUAUCUACAACCAACAAGAGGUUUUGCAGUCCAAGUUGGAUCUACUUGUUGAGACGAAGAUGGUCGACUAUGCAAUUGAUGUUUUUAAAAAGUUGCACCCCGAAAAAGAAAUUCCUCCUAAAUUCAUGGAGAAACGAACCAAAGUCGUUGAGGAGUACAAAUCCGUGCAGGAGAGCUCGAAACCGAUCACUGCAAUUUUGGAGAGUGCCGAACUUGCUGAACAAAUUUCAAACUCGAGAGACUAUCGACAACUCGUGGAAUAUUUAGCUAAGGCUCAUAAUUUCAAACCGGAAAUGAUUGACUCCAUCUAUGACUAUGCAAAACUAUACUACGAGUGUGGCGACUAUUCCACUGCUUCACAGUAUUUGAAUCUUCACAAUGAAUUGGUCCCCAGUUCUGACAAGAAUUAUUUGAGUGGUCUUUGGGGCAAGCUGGCCUGCAACAUUUUACUUCACCAAUGGGAGUACGGGUUGGAGGAUUUCGAAAAGCUAAAGACUUUUAUUGACGAAGAUCCCUUUCGAAAUGCUUUGCAGACUCUGCAACAACGUACGUGGCUCCUCCACUGGGGGCUAUACUUGUACUUUAAUCACACCAAGGGCUGGGACUUUUUACUUGACUUGCUAUCCAACAAUGCAAAAUAUUUGAAUGUAAUUCAAACAACAUGUCCUCACAUUCUACGAUAUUGGGCUACGGCUGUCAUCAUCAGCAAGCACAGUAGACAUUCAAGUGCCAUGAAGGAAUUGGUAGCUGUGAUUCAACAGGAAACGUACACGUACAAGGAUCCCAUCACAGAGUUUAUCAAAUGCUUGCAUGUUAACUUUGACUUUGAUGGAGCUCAACAAAAGUUAAAGGAAUGUGAACGUGUUUUGUCAAAUGACUUCUUCCUCAUCAGCUGCUACAAUGAUUUUAUUGAUCACGCUCGCCUUAUGAUUUUUGAAACCUUUUGCCGAAUUCAUCAAUGUAUCAGUAUUGGAAUGUUGGCUGAGAAAUUGGACAUGACCACCGACGAGGCAGAGCGAUGGAUUGUCAAUUUGAUUAGGAAUGCCCGUUUGGACGCAAAAUUGGACUCGAAGCUUGGUCACGUCGUGAUGGGCACGAGCAAAAUAUCACCGUACCAGCAAAUUAUUGGGAAGACCGAGUUUUUGAAUAUGAGAAGUCAAGUUUUGGCAAACUCAGUGGCAAGAAAGCUUGGAGAUAAGUCGUCUUACCAAAUAUUCUAACUUAGUACUGUUUAUAAAUCUGAAUAUUUAGAUUAACAUUACAUAUGCUAAAUGGUUAUCAUAUUUUCCUUGUGUUUAAGUUGGUUGUAAACUUGUCAUAGAUUAGAGGACUCUAAUUUUUGGUUAUUUGCAAUUUCAAGAACUUGAAUUACAAGGCUAAAUAAACAAAGUACUUUUUUGUAUUUGUCGAAA